AUGGUAGCCAAAAAGUUGACCAUCCGUAACAACACGGACACCCUGAUCAAUCUGAAGCGUCUCCAGCGCUUCAGCCCCCCAGGACAAAGUUAUGGAACCGACGAGAUCACCUCGCUGGCGAAGAACUUCACUCGAAUCUUGACAAACCAGACUCGCAGCCAGGCGCCUGUCGCGACCCUCAGCCUGGCGGACAAGCCGUUCGAUGAGCGGAAAGAGCUAGGCAUCCGCGUUGAGCCAUUCACCACCAAAGAUACCGAUUUGGAUUUUUUCAAGGACUCCGAGAAGGAGCGCCUGCGCCUGGUCUUCGGGACCGAGGGCGAAGAACACAUGAUCCAGGUGCCCGUUCCUACGACCGAGACGGCAACCAUGCAAACCGUCGACAAUCCCAAGCACCGCUUGACCGGCGUGUGGGUGAAAUCUGAGUCGUUCCUAGCAAUUUACUCGUCCGCCAACCUGAAUGCAUGGAUGCACGAGCUGCGCGACGAUACUCUCCUAUCCUCGCUCUCUAUUCCCGGCACUCACAACUCGCCAACCUGUUACCUCGCGCCGCCCUCUGUGCGCUGCCAAGCCGUCAGCCCACGUGAGCAGCUCCAGAACGGCGUUCGCUUCUUCGACAUUCGUGUCCAGCCGCAGUACCCGCAGGAAUUAAAGGAGGAGCUGAUCCUUGUUCACAGCGUGUUCCCCGUUUCGCUGACUGGGAAUAAAUACUUCCGCGACUUGAUGAAGGAGAUCAAUGACUUCCUAGACAAGAACCCAUCCGAGACAUUGAUCAUCUCUCUCAAGCGUGAGGGUACUGGAGAUUCAAAGGAUGAACAGCUCGCGCACAUUCUCAACAAGCACUACGCCAAGGACGACAACCAACGUUGGUGGACUCGACCAAAGAUCCCUACUCUAGGCGAAGCCCGCGGCAAGGUGAUCCUCCUGCGCCGCUUUAACAUCCCCGAUGAUCUGAAGCAGAAGCACGAUGGGCAUGGCUGGGGUAUCGACGGCGCUGCAUGGGCUGAUAACACCGCCAACGCCAACUGCCCCAGUGGGCAGUUGUGCAUUCAGGACUUCUACGAGGUACAGGAGUCGACCAACAUCGAGAAGAAGAUACAAUACGUCAAGGACCACAUCGACCGCGCUAGCAAGUCUCGUUAUCCCUUCGGUGAACACCCAGGCCCACACCCCUUCUACAUUAACUUCCUGAGUGCGAGCAACUUUUGGAAGACUAAUACCUGGCCCGAGAAGAUCGCGGCUAAGGUCAACCCUGCGGUUGUAGAUUACAUCUGUCGGCGUCACGAGAAUGAGGAUGGUGAUUCAUCCACUGGUAUCUUGGUCACAGACUGGGUGGGUCUUGAUGGUGACUGGGAUCUUGUGCGCUGCAUCGUCGGCAUGAACGCCAAGUUGCGCAUGCGACAGAACUAG